AUGGUCGGGGCGCGGGGCGCUCGCGCGCUCGCGGUGGCCCUGCUGGCGGCGGCUCGCCUGUUGCCCGUGGCGGCAGCGGCCGCCGCCGCCGCGGAGGACCCAGCGGCUCCCGACGAGGGCGCAGCGGCGCACCACCCGCACGGCGGCCACGCGAAGGCGGAGCAUCUGGAGCGCGCCGUGGCCAAUCAGAGCGACGAGCCAGCGUCUCCCGACGAGGGCGCAGUGUCGCACCACCCGCACGGCGGUCGGGCGAAGGUGGAGCAUCUGGAGGGCGCCGCCGCCAACCAGAGCGACGAGGCCGUGCCCCACGGCGUGCCCAAGAAGAAGGAGGAGAAGAAGAAGAAGAAGAAGACCAGCACCACGACCCACACGAUCACCAGGACCCUGACCAGCACCACGACUCACACGAAAACGAUGACCAGCACCACCGCGACCCGCACCACGACGACCCGCACCACGACGACCCGCACCACGAGCACUACCACCUCACGCACAACCACCACCACCAGCACGCGGACAGCAACCAGUACCACGGUUACGGUCACCACCACCACAACUUCAACAACUUCGGUGACAUCCACGACCACCACGACAAGCACAAGCACGUCUACGACAAGCUCAACUACGACAAGCACGUCCACAACGACCACGACGCGGCCUCAUGUUUUCGGAGGCGCGGCGACAAGGGACGCGUUCGAGGAGUGGCUUAAAGUGUGGCGUGGCAUGUAUAUCGACGGAACGCCGUGUGGCACGGUGACGUGCCUCGUUCCAGAGAUGGACGACGCGCUGAUGCCGUCGGAACUCCAGGGGGUCCGCGCGAAGGUUCUGGUGUCCAAGGGCGGCGUCGCCUCCGGCGUGGUGACAGAAGGCAUGGGCUACGCCAUCAUGGUCGAGGGAUUCCUGGCAGUCGAGGGGCGCAAUGAGUCCAUUGAGCUCGGCCUGGGGCUGAUGAAGAGCUGGAUGGGCAUGACUUUCGGACCAGAGGGCUGCGGGAACCCCCGCGGUGGGGGGUCUCCGGUCAGCCCGCUUGAGCACGACCCCAAGGUGGUCACGAAAGUUGACUCUGGGAAGUGCCCGAAGACAUCAAAAUGA